GUUUCUAUUUCUUCAUUUCAAUUCCUUCUAUAUUUUCUAUUUCUUUGGUCUUUACAUAAUCAACAAACUUUCUUCUCUUUUUUAAUUCUCUUUCUCAACCUCACCUACAAGUCUACUUCUUUUCUUUGCUUUGAUUUUUCGUUGAUAAGAACCUAACAACAACAACAACAAAAACAACAACAAAAUACUCUUUUUUUAAUUGUCUAUUUACUUGUCAUGAAACCACAGAAGCCAAUUUUUGGUGUUUCCUACUUUUUUCCUAUUUUUGGAAAAGUGAUUUCAAGAUAAGAUUGCAGAGAAAUAAAGGAAAAGCCUGCUGAGUGCUGAUGAAAAGCCCGUUUAGGAAUUAACAAUGUCAAUGGCUGCUCCACCAGUUGGUAAUAAGCUCCAAAACAUGUUGCAGGCUGCGGUGCAAUCUGUUCAGUGGACUUAUAGCCUUUUCUGGCAACUUUGUCCUCAACAACUGAUAUUGAUAUGGGGUGAUGGAUAUUACAAUGGAGCAAUAAAGACUAGAAAAACAGUGCAACCAAUGGAGGUAAGUGCUGAGGAAGCAUCUCUACAAAGAAGCCAACAACUAAGGGAACUGUAUGAAUCAUUAUCUGCGGGAGAGACAAAUCCACCAACUAGACGACCAUGUGCUUCCUUGUCGCCUGAGGACUUAACAGAAUCCGAAUGGUUUUAUUUGAUGUGUGUCUCUUUCUCUUUUCCUCCUGGUGUCGGGUUGCCGGGAAAGGCAUACACGAGGAGGCAGCAUGUGUGGCUCACAGGUGCAAACGAGGUGGACAGCAAAACAUUUUCAAGAGCUAUUCUAGCCAAGAUUCCCACAAUCAUGUACACCAUGGCAGAUCCACCGUCCACAAAUCUCAACCAAGAUGACAUGGACGAAGACGACGAAGAGGAAGAAGAAGAAGAAGAUGAAGACGAGGAAUCAGGAUCCGAAGAUGAAACGGGUGGGCGUAAUCGACGUGCAACCUCAAUGACGACGGGAAUGACGGAGCCGAGUGAAUUGAUGCAAAUCGAAAUGCCAGAAGAUAUUCGAGUUGGUUCACCAAACGAUGGAUCCAACAACUUGGACUCCAAUUUUCAUUUGUUAGCAGUGAGUAACCAAGGGAAUCCACCAGGACAAGUUGAAUCGAUUCAGAGGUGGGGCCCAAUUGAAGACCCCAUGGGUAAUUCGCAACAUCUUCAACUAUCGUCAUCAGUGCUUCAUCAGCCACUAGAAGAGUUAAGACAACAAGACACACACUACUCUCAAACAGUUUCCAACAUCCUCCAAAACAACUCAACCCAAUCCCCCUCCAUCAAUUUCAUCACUUACUCCACCCAUUCAUCUUUCACCAUCACCAACUCCACCAACCACCACUUCCACGCGCCACCUCCCGACUCCGCCACUUCCCAAUGGCUCCUCAAAUACAUCCUCUUCACUGUCCCAUACCUCCACACCAAAAACCACGACGAAACUUCUCCACAAACCCGCGACACCACCGGAACCGAUCCCUCCUCCCGUUUACGCACCAAAGGAACACCGCAAGACGAACUCAGCGCCAACCACGUCCUCGCCGAGCGAAGAAGAAGAGAGAAACUCAACGAGAGGUUCAUCAUUUUAAGAUCAUUGGUCCCUUUUGUUACCAAAAUGGACAAAGCUUCUAUAUUAGGCGACACAAUCGAGUACUUGAAACAGCUUCGAAGAAAAAUUCAAGAUCUCGAAACGCGUAACCGUCAAAUAGAAACUGAACAACAACAAACGAAGAAGAAUGGCGUGACCGUUAUGGUGGGCCCCAGUGAGAAGAAAAAAAUGAGGAUAGUGGAAGAAUGUGGGGCCACUAGAGCGAAAGCGGUUGAGGUUGUUGAAACGGUUAUUGUCACGUCAGUUCAAGUUUCCAUUAUUGAAAGUGAUGCUUUGUUGGAGAUUGAGUGUCCUCAAAGAGAAGGGUUAUUGUUGGAUGUUAUGCAAAUGCUUAGGGAGAUGAGAAUUGAGGUUAUUGGUGUUCAAUCUUCGCUUAACAAUAAUAAUGGUGUCUUUGUUGCGGAAUUAAGAGCUAAAGUUAAGGAUAAUGGAAAUGGGAAAAAAGUUAGCAUUGUUGAAGUUAAGAGAGCACUUAAUCAAAUUAUUCCUCAUGCCAAUUACUAGCUUAGUACGGUGUUGCACUUGUGCUGAUAAUUAGAUUUUAAAAGAUAAAUAUUAAAUAUUUUGAUAUUUAUCUCUUUGAAUCUAAUUGUCUCUGUAGUUGCAGUAUCAUACACCAGUUAUAAAAAACGGAUUUGAUCUCAUUGUGGCUUAAUAUGUAGAUAUGUUUCAUCUCAAGCCAAAUGUGAAGUCUAGUAAUAAACAACGAAUGUGUGAUUCCGAUACUCUAUAGCUAUUGCACCAAUUUGGAAAAAAAAACUAGGAAUUUGUAUUGUCUUUAGAAUUUUAGUGAAUUGAACUAGAUAAAAUUCUAUUUGUAUGUACAAUUAUUUUCUAAGUAGUAUGAAGUUUAGUUAUGAAAUUAUUUAUAAUUA